UCUUGAUAAAUUAAAAAAACAUUCUUUGAUCGAUGUAACAAUCUCAAGGAUUUUCCAUCAUAUCAACAAGGCUUCAAGAUCUCUUUCCAUAUCCGGUGAAACACAGCGCACACUCCACAUGUUUGCGUAAAUUCCCCACAGAAAAAAACGGGUAAUUGGAUCGCAGAAUCAAUCAAGAUUGAUUCAUGGGUUCGAGCGAGGAAAUGCCGGAGGGCACGGUGAAGAACAUUCUGGAGCAGGAGUCGCUCAAGUGGGUGUUCGUCGGCGGCAAAGGCGGAGUGGGGAAGACAACGUGCAGCUCAAUCAUGUCGAUUCUGCUGGCCAAUGUAAGACCCUCUGUGCUUAUCAUCUCCACUGACCCCGCCCAUAACCUCAGCGAUGCGUUCCAGCAGAGGUUCACCAAGAUCCCCACUCUCGUUAACGGCUUCACAAACUUGUAUGCAAUGGAAGUUGAUCCUAAUGUGGAAAAUGAGGAAAACCUUAGUUCAGAUGGCACCGAUGGGUUUAUGUCGGACUUGACAAAUUCAAUCCCUGGAAUCGAUGAGGCUAUGAGUUUUGGAGAAAUGCUCAAGUUAGUGCAGACUAUGGAUUAUUCUGUUAUAGUGUUUGAUACAGCUCCAACAGGUCAUACUCUUCGGUUGCUACAAUUUCCAUCGACAUUAGAGAAAGGUCUUUCAAAGUUGAUGAGUUUGAGGAAUAAGUUUGGUGGAAUGUUCACCCAGAUGACUCGCUUGUUUGGUGUUGAUAAUGAUUUUGGUGAAGAUGACAUCCUGGGGAAGCUUGAAGGCAUGAAAGAUGUGAUCGAACAAGUAAACAGACAAUUUAAGGAUCCCGAUUUGACUACUUUCAUCUGUGUUUGCAUUCCGGAGUUCCUGUCUCUGUAUGAAACUGAACGGCUAGUUCAGGAGCUUACCAGAUUUGAAAUAGAUACUCAUAAUAUCGUUAUUAACCAAGUAAUCUUCGAUGAAGAAGUUGUUGAAUCAAAAUUGCUCAAAGCUAGAAUGCAAAUGCAACGGAAGUAUCUGGAUCAGUUCUACGUGUUGUAUGACGACUUCAACAUAACUAGGCUGCCAUUGCUGCCUCAGGAAGUAUAUUACUAUAAUCGCAUUGAUGCUUUCGAUGUAGUCCUACCAUAUCCCGCUCUCUCUCUCUCUCUCUCUCUCUCUCUGACACUAGAUGUUAUUGAACAGGUUUGUGGAGUUCAAGCCUUGCAAGCCUUUUCGAAACAUUUUUUAACGCAAUAUGAAGCAUCCGUUCAACGAGGGUCAGUAGAGGAGGUAGAGCAGAGAGUAUCGAUUUUAAAAGGAAAGCUCCAAGAAGCUGAAUCGGAACUUGAAAUAGUUAAAAAAGGGAAACAGAAGGCUUGAUAUCCAACACAGAUUGCUGGCGUAACAGAUUGUCUCCGUCCCAGAAACAGUCGCAUCGCAGCCCCUGACGUCGUUCCAGCUUGACUCCGGAAUCAUCCACUCCAGAAAUUCUUUUUCCUGAAGGCCAAUAAGUGAUUUUUAAUUUUUUUUUUGAUUUUUUUUAAAAUUUUGUAAUAUGCAUGAUCUCAAUCAAGGCAAUUUUGUAUCUGACCAGAAAUUCACAGAUUAUUUCUAUUCAAUUGUCAACAUUUACAGGCUUUCUAUAAAA